AUGCAGGAGCUUUCCGCAACUAGAUGGAGAUGUCAAACUGAUGCAUCUUGGAUAAACGAAAGAGACAGAGUCGGGAUGGGCUUCGUACUGCUGGAGGACGGCAUACCGACUCUAUUUGGAGCACAUGGACUUCACGCCGCCAUAUCCCCUCUCCACACCGUAGCCGAAGGGCUACUGUGGGCUAUGCAGGAAGUGCUGAGGCAAGGAACGAAAGCGGUAUGUUUUGAGUCCGAUUGUGAACAACUGAUUAAGCUGAUAAGGGAUAACGUAGACUGGCCUGCAAUGGCAUCUGAAUUAGACGAGAUUAAAGCUUUAUCGGCUGAGUUUAUCGACUUCUCUAUUGUAUACAUUCCAAGAUCUCUGAAUAUCCGUGCUGACUCUCUUGCCAAAAGGGGAAGAUCACACAUUUUCGGAUCCUCGUUCGUCAACUGCUUUGCACCAAGUUGGCUAGCUACACACGCUGGCCAAGAGGUUGCUAACUAG